ACGGCCGCCAAAUACGCGGCCGGGACUGCCAUCCAUUGGUACACACAUUCACCGCAUACUAAUCUCGACGAACCACAUAAAUUACACCCUGAUAAGUUCAUUCUGUCCACUGAGGCCUGUAUGGGACCUGGAGUUAGACUCGGGGCGUGGGAAUUGGCUCAGGCUUAUGGUUACGAUAUACUUGGAACUCUGAACCACCACACUGUGGGGUGGACCGACUGGAAUAUGGUUUUGGACACAUCAGGAGGCCCCUCCUGGAUCCCGGGUAAUCGGUUCGACUCUCCCAUAAUCGCUAACCCGGACGCCCACGAGUACUACCGUCAGCCUUCCUUCUACGCUAUGGCACACUUCGCCAAAUUCUUACGUCCCGGUGCCGUACGGGUUGACUCACCCAUUGUUAUACGAAACAAUACAGAGGCAACUGUC